AUGGCAGGGUUGGAGCAGUCACUUUUCCAGCUCAAAUUCACAGCGAAGCAGCUCAAUAGACAAGCGUCAAAGGCAGCCAAGGAAGAACUACAGGAAAAAGCAAAGAUCAAGAAGGCGUUGACUCAAGGAAACAAUGAUAUUGCACAAUUAUAUGCUCAAAACGCCAUCAGAAAAAGUAAUGAAAGAGUGAGUUUGUUACGUCUUGCUUCGAGGAUAGAUGCCGUGGCCUCACGGGUGCAAACAGCCGUGACCAUGAGGUCGGUUACUGGUAACAUGACUCAAGUAAUUAAGGGCAUGGAUAAGGCACUUCAGACGAUGAAUUUGGAGCGCAUUUCGCUUGUGAUGGAUAAAUUUGAAAACCAAUUUGAGGAUCUCGAUGCCCUGACAAACUACUACGAAGGUGCUACGAAUAAUGUUAACGCUUUGACGACACCACAGGAAGAUGUGGACGAAUUGAUGAACCAGAUGGCCGAUGAGGCAGGCAUAGAAAUGAAGCAAGGACUCAAUGAAACCAAGGUUGAUAUCGAUACGCCUCCUGUAACGGUCAGCGAGCAGAAAGAGGACCAAUUGGCCCAGAGAUUACGAGCACUACGGAACUAA